GCAUUUUGGAAUUUAGAAACCGGGAGGAAUUUCUGAAGUGCCUCACUCCAAACGACUGCAAUAGUGCAAUAUCUAGCAGGAAUCUACUGGCGGUGGCGAGUGGCGAGUGCAAAACGCCGUCUUCUGAUGUUUCGUGCCCUAACAACCCGCCGACGUGUUGCCACCCGCCUCUUUUCCUCCUCUCGAACUUCCUCAGGUGGCAUCUGCUUCGCUACUUCGUCUGCCGAUGCUGUCGUCGUUGCUGCCGAGACGGGUCUUUAUGGCCUCGAUGUACUCAAGACCGCCAAAGGCUUCCGUCGAUUCGUCGACGAGGCUAUCAGUCGAUCCGGAGAGCUCGUCUCCUACAUCUCUCAGUUGCCACCUUCGAUGGAGGUUAUCCGGGCAAUGGACGAAAUCUCUGAUACCGUCUGCUCGGUUAUUGAUUCCGCAGAACUGUGUCGGAACACCCAUCCUGACAGGGAAUAUGUGGAGGAAGCAAACAAGGCAUCAAUGAGAAUAAAUGAAUAUCUCCAUUUCCUAAAUACAAAUAAUAGUUUGUACACUGCAAUAGUGAAAGUUGAGCAUGGAGGUGCUCUACAUACGGAAGAAGCUCAAAGGGCAGCACAUGCCUUGCGUGUUGACUUUGAAAAUGGUGGCAUCCAUCUUUCUGACGAGAAACUGCGACGAAUCAAUAAAUUGAAAAUAGAGAUAGCUAAGUUGGGUAAAGAGUUCAAUGAAAACAUUAUACUUGAUCCAGGUUCUGUUGACAUAUUUCCAGCUUCACGCAUACCUAAAAAUAUUCAACAUCUUUGUAGAACCAUAUAUAGGCCAGUUCCUUCAGAUGGAUCUUCUAAAUCAUGGAUUACAAGAAAAGAGAAGGGCUAUCGAAUCACUACAGACUCCAGUACUUUAUCCUCAAUUUUGAAAUGGGUGUCAGAUGCUGAGGUAAGAAAACAAUCAUACAUGAAGGGAAAUUCCAUGCCACAUGCAAAUCUUGAUGUUCUCAAUAAACUUAUAAAUGCUCGUCAUGAACUUGCACAGAUAAUGGAAUAUAAAUCUUAUGCUGACUUUGCAAUUCGUCCUAACAUGGCUGGGUCACCUGACGUUGCUAUGUCAUUUUUGCUUGAUUUGAGCAAACAUGUGAGAUGCAAAGCUGAUGAGGAGUUCAAUGUAAUACGAGAAUGCAAGAGACAAUACUUGAAUGAAAGAAAUGCAGAUUUGGAGCCAUGGGAUGAGGCAUACUUUGUAGGAAUGGUGAAAUCUUCUGCAUACAGCUUGGACUCGUCAGUCAUUGCAUCAUAUUUCUCAUUGUCUCGGUGCCUUGAGGGAUUGAAAAUGUUAGUUGAAUCGUUAUUUGGGGCAACAUUUUGCCAAGUUCCAAUGAUGCCUGGGGAAUGCUGGCAUCCAGAUGUAGUGAAGCUAUCUCUUCAUCAUCCUCAGGAGGGUGGUUUAGGUUUCAUGUAUCUGGAUCUUUAUUCCAGGAAGGGCAAAUAUUCUGGCUGUGCACACUUUGCUAUAAGAGGAGGGCGCCUGAUAUCCAAGUCAGAAUACCAGCUUCCUGUUGUUGCUUUGGUUUGUGAUUUCAUAGGUUCACCUGGAUCAUUAACUUCAAGGCUCAACCACUAUGAGGUUGAAACUCUUUUUCACGAGUUUGGUCAUGCUCUUCAUUCUCUUCUCUCGAGAACGGAUUAUCAGCAUUUCUCUGGUACCAGAGUUGUUCUUGAUAUUGCUGAGAUACCUUCAAUCCUUUUUGAGUACUAUGCUUGGGAUUACCGUGUUUUAAGGACUUUUGCUAGGCAUGAAACAACUGGUGAGGUGAUACCAGAAAAGCUGGUGAAGACAAUGAAUGAUGCACGUAGAAGAUUUGCUGCUAUGGAGCUGCAACGACAGAUAUUUUACUCAUUAAUUGAUUUAAGAAUCUUUGGGGAACAACACAACACUCCAAUAGAUACAGUGUCGAUGGUUGCUGACUUGAAAACACAACACACUAGCUGGAAGCAUGUCAAGGGUACACAUUGGCACACCCGUUUUAGCCACCUUAUAAAUUAUGGUGCUGGCUACUAUAGCUACCUUUAUGCAAGGUGUUUUGCAGCAACCAUUUGGCAUAAUAUAUGCCAUGAAGAACCCUUGUCCCUUGACACUGGAUCUAUUCUUAGAGAAAGAUUCCUUAAGUAUGGUGGAGCAAAGCACCCAGUUAACUUGUUGAAUGAUUUCAUUGGAAAUGGCAUUCAAAGUUGCAAUGGUGGGAGUAUCCCUGAUGCAAGUAGCCUUUUAAGAGAACUGGGUUUGUGAAAUUGUCUACUUGGGUAUUUGUCGGAUAGUGAUCUCAAAUUCUGCUUCACCUCAGAUUUUGCUGGAUGAUCUACUAAAUUAUACUUGCUGAAGAUCGACACUGAACAGGAUAUGGAGACUGCAGCUGCACAAACUUAAGUUUUAUGGCUGGAUACUUUAUUGGCUAAAUUUGCUUGGUCGAAAUUUGAUCGAUUGACCUUUCUAUCUAUAUGUUAUCAGUGAAGUCUGUUUUUUGUCUAGAUGCAACGAAGUAGC